GCAACUUCCAAGUGGAGAAGCAAAGCGUUAGCACACUCCGGUAGCCAUGAGCAUCAAAGUCAUCAGCCUCCUCCUUUUUCCCAUUUUCUGUCUUCUCUUGUCUUGUAGCAACGCUUCUGAAGUUGAGAAGGAGAAAGAGUUUGAUUAUGUGGAAGGAAGCAGGAAAGGGCCAGAGCACUGGUCAGAGCUUAGCCCUGAAUGGGCAGCUUGCAGAGGCAAAGAGCAAUCCCCCAUUGAUCUUCUCAGCAAGAGGGUCAUCUUUCUCCCCAAACUGGGGAGGCUGAAAAGGAGAUACAAGCCUGUCCACGCAGUCUUGAAGAACAGAGGCCACGAUAUUAUGCUGCAGUGGGUGGGAGACGCAGGAGGGAUUUACAUCAAAGGGGUGAAGUAUGAACUGAAGCAAUUGCAUUGGCAUUCACCUUCCGAGCAUUCAAUAAACGGGACAAGGUAUCAGUUGGAGCUGCACAUGGUUCAUGAGAGCAGGGAAGGAGAUGUAGCUGUCGUUGGGAUCCUCUACAAAUUGGGCAGACCUGAUUCCUUCCUUGCCAAGCUGAUGCAUGUCAUUUCAAGAGUAGACCCAACUCAAGAAGAAGCAAUUGGAAUUGUCAACCCGAAAGAUGUGAAAAUUGGUAGCAGGAAAUAUUACAGAUAUGAAGGCUCUCUCACCACCCCUCCCUGCACCGAAGGUGUGAUUUGGACUAUCGUUAAAAAGGUGAGGACUGCCUCAAGACGACAGAUUCAUGAACUGAGACAAGCAGUUCAUGAUGGUUUUGAGGUGAAUGCCAGGCCGACACAAGGCACCAACGACCGACCAAUUUGGCUCUACACCCCCAGGUCCAUCUGAGAGCUGCUUUUCCGGCGACCAUUUUGUAAUGUAUUUGUCUAUGCACGCUGGCUGCUGAAGUUUCAAACUUCGAAGUAUUAGUAAAUACAUAAUAGUCGGACUAUUGUCAUCAAU